UCGUUCUGAGGUCGAAGAGCAACAGUAGCAAAAGUUAAGUAAAAAUCCUCUUCCCUACCCUCGUCUUAAUUAUAGACACCCACCGAUUUGUUGGAGAGCUUGGCGAGCGCCAUGAGGCCCUUGGCCUGCUCGUACGACGUCUCGGACGUCUCCUGCUUCUCGUCCUCGGCCGCGUACGGGUCAUAGCCGAUGGUGUUCUUCCAGAUGCCCGUCAUCUUGAGCGCCGCGCUGCUGUGCAUGCGGUUGUUGUGCGGCAUGCGCACGCGUCCCGCGGUCGCCGGCAUGAUGUCCUCGCUAAGCUUUAGUCUCUCCUUCCUUUCUCCCUCUCAGGAUAAUAAAGAGCUCCACAAUUCCACUGGGGUGCGGUACUCCAAAUUCCUAGCGCGUACCGGCUCUUCUCCGACACUGCAACAUACAUUCUCCAAGUCACUCGACAGGCGCUUGAACGCCACAAUGUGACAAAGAAAAUCACUCGCCUUUAUUUCGUCGCACUCACACACACCCCAGUGUUGAAUAAGACGCCGAGUCCGCAGUUGCCACUUCCAAGAGCUCCCGGGAGCUCCAUUAUGCCUCCCGCUGCCUCCGUCUCGUCGCCCGAGAUGACGUCCAACGACGACAACGUCAGCCGCAGCAUUAUCGUGCACAGCCCCGACGCCUCGACGCCGCCGCCCACGUCGCCCGUGACCAUCGUCCCGCGCGAGGAGGAGCUGACGCUGCCGCAGCGCCGCCCGCCGGUCUCGCUGCCCCGCCAGGUGCAGGAGUGCACCAUGCAGCGCGUGCUCGUGACGGGCGGCGCCGGCUUCAUCGGCAUCCACCUGUGCCGCCGCCUGCUGGAGCAGGGCCACGAGGUCAUCUGCCUCGACAACCUCUUCACCAGCCAGCGCGCCAACGUGCUGGAGCUGCAGAACCAGUUCCCCAACUUCGAGUUCGUGCGUCACGACGUCACGGAGCCCUACGCCUGCGAGGUGGACCGCAUCUACAACCUGGCGUGUCCGGCCUCGCCCGUGCAUUACCAGUACAACCCCAUCAAGACCACCAAGGUGUCGUUCAUGGGCGCUUUGAACUUGCUGGGGCUGGCCAAGCGCGUCAAGGCGCGGGUAUUCCAAGCCUCGACGAGCGAGGUCUACGGCGACCCGGAGGUCUCUCCGCAGGUCGAGUCCUAUCUUGGCAAUGUGGACUGCACCGGCGUGCGCGCAUGCUAUGACGAGGGCAAGCGUGUGGCCGAGACGCUGUUCUUCGAGUACCACCGCACGCUGGGCGUGGACAUCCGCGUCGCGCGCAUUUUCAACACGUACGGCCCGGGCAUGCACCCGUACGACGGACGGGUGGUGAGCAACUUCAUCAUGCAAGCGCUGCAGGGGGAAGACAUCACUAUUUACGGCUCCGGAAGCCAAACCCGCUCGUUCUGCUUUGUGGAUGACUUGGUGGAAGCCAUCUUGCGCUUCAUGGAUUGCAAAACGUGCGUGGGCCCCAUGAACCUGGGAAACCCGCACGAGAUGACCAUCCGAGAGCUGGCCGAGAUGAUCAUCCGUCUCACAAAUUCUCGGAGUCGUCUCGUGUUCCGAGACCUGCCCAACAACGACCCCAAGCUGCGAAAACCAGACAUCACCCUUGCCAAGUAAGUUGCGCGUGUACUGUUGACUAUGAGUUGUUGAGGUGGUACUUACGAUUGCUGCUCUGAAUUGUUUUUCUUUUGCAGAACUCACUUGGAUUGGAACCCGCAUGUGUGCAUCGAAGAAGGGCUCAUGCGCACCAUCGCGUAUUUCCGGGACUUGGACCUCUCCAAGUAUAAGCGACCGACGAACAACACGGCGCAUCGAAGCAGCCAGAUGGCGAACAAGUCCAAAGCUACAGCGGCGGACUGCCGAAACUAGAAGCGCCGCCACCGUUUUCACGGAUAGAGCUCAAGUUGCUGCACAGGGGACAAUCGGCGCGGGCAAAUUUCACGUAGUAGUACGUACAUUCAUGCAUGGCACAGGCGAAUUACACGUAGCAGUACGUACAUAAUGCAAAACACUGUCAUUCUCAAGCACAUUGAUCAACACAUCCACUCGCGUAAAGAUUUAUCUGUGAAAGUCAAGGUUGGGAAAUGAACGCAAAGCAUCCGCGGCGCAGCCUGCAGAUGAGCUGAGGCAAUUCAAACCUUGGAGGUAACUGGUUGCUUAUUCAUUUGUUGGUCGACGCAGGGGGCGGAGCAACAAGCUAGCUGGUUAUGAAGAAGAGCUGUUGGACACGCACCCCACGUCUCCACUUCGCUGGUGCUGCAUAACUACGUGGAUUUAUAGCCCGGAAGGGCGCCUGCAAUUCCACCGUUGUCGUUGUCGUCGAGCUCACCGUUCGCCUCCUGUUCAGCCUUUUCCAGGCGAGCACGCUCCUCCCGGAUUUUACGGACACCGCCACCCUCGCCGAGCUUUGCUCCAGGGAACUUGACGAUCACGACGCUCAUGUUGUCACGGCUGAAGUGCGAACAAGCAGCAUCCAGUUAGCACGGCAAAAUCAGGGCAAACCCGCCAGCCUUCUUACCUUCCAGCACGAAGGCAGUUGUCCAGGAUCUCCUCGGCUAUUAACUUGAGGUCCGACUCGCCGUUGUUCAUCAGCUGGCGAAUGUACGCACAGAGCUCGUCGUUGCUCAUGACAUCCCAGAUCCCGUCGCACGCCAAGAUCAAGAACUCCUCCGUCUUCUCGAUCUUCUGCACUUCAAUAUCAGGCUCAGCCGACACUUGCUGCUGCUCGGCGGGUAGCUUCGUGUUAGCCUUGUACGAGAAGUCUCCGAGCGCGCGCGAGACCGCCAGGUCUCCGUUCACUCGGUUGCUGCGCACCAAUCCGCCGGCAUUCUCAAUGCGCUUGCGCUCUCCCGCCUACAUCAACCACCACCACAAUAGCACAGUAAGUAUCCAUUGCACCUCGUAGCUAUCCCCCACCCUCGACGUACGUUGAUGGGCUUGUGGUCGUAGGACAUCUCGACCGUGCGGCCGUCCUUGGCCAUGACGCUGCGCGAGUCGCCCGAGUUGGCCACGAUGAUGUGUGAGAGCGUGACCAGCGCCGCGAUGGCCGUGCAGCCGCUCUGGUCCGAGCCGAAGUUCUCGUCGAAUGUCUUGCGGAUGCUCGCGUCCA